AUGGAUCCAGUCCCUGUUCUGGCGCGCGGCCAAAGACUGCCUCGGCCACAACUAGGCCCAGCAGGCCAGCUCACCGCCCAUGUCGCGGUCUUGCCUUUGAGGCCUGGUUCGACCGUGCAAGAUGGCGGACGUUCCCACGGUUUUCGUGGCUGCCUGGCCGCGGCUGCCGGCCUUCGCGUGCUUCUUUCCAAGCGCUCACAUCUCAGAGGCACUGCAGUGGCGAGGCGAAGCGCAGGCAUCGCCGGCAAGCCGCCUCCGGACUCGGAGUCUGGCCUCGUGAACGAGGUGACGGCCCCUGCCAUCCUGGUUCUUAUGGCCAUCCUCUACGGUGGCAACGUUCCGCUCCUCAAGACGGUGGAGCUCGAGGCUCCCAUGGACCUUACGGCCCCUGAGCUCCUGGCGCUGCGCUUCAUUUCCGCCGCGGUGGUGUCAUUGCCCUUCUUCACUUUCAACUUCAAGCAGGUCCGGAGUUUGGCGAUACCGUCUGUAGAGCUGGCCUUCUGGCUCUUCUUCGGUUAUGCCCUGCAGAUUUUAGGCCUCGAGAAAACCUCGGCCUCUACUUGCGCCGUUGCCACAGCUCUGACGGGCCCGUUCGUACAGGUCUUGGAGUUCGUGGUGGACGGCAAGCAGUUUACUCCGCUCGUAGUGGCGUGUUCCGUGGGAACCUUUGCAGGCUUGGCGCUUUUCGUUUCGGCGCCCAGCCUGGCAACGCCGGUUCCACCUCUCAGAGCUGUCUUCGAGCGACUCUUCAACUUCCUGUCCAUUGUGGAGCCUCCUGCGCCGAUGCCGCAUGAGGCUUUGCUGAAAGAUGUUCCAGGGGAGCUCCUGGCAAUUCUAGGCACCUUCUUCUUCGCCGUCCACGUCUACCGCAGCAACCGGAUCAUCGGCCAAAGCGAGACCCAGCAAGCCGAAGAGGGCGAAGGGUCGGACGACGCGCGGGGCGAUGAUUUUGCGGUGGGGCUUGCGGCAGUUCAGCUUGUUGCCGCAGCCGUGAUAUGCGUCGUGGCGAGCAGCUUCGACAGUCCCUACACCACGGGAGAGCAGCUGUCAGUUGCCGAGCGACUCUCACCUGCCAUCUGGGCGCAGAUCGUGGCUUGCGGCCUGCUGUGCACAGGACUGCCAGCAGUGGUCGAGCUCUUUGCCUUCAAGUUCGUUGGGCCGGCCAUUGCAUCUCUGAUCUAUUGCACCAUCCCACUGUGGGGGACGCUCCUGUCCGUGGUGUUCCUGCAGGAGAAGCUCGGCCCCCAGGCCAUCCUUGCCUCGCUUCUCAUCUUGACGAGCUCGCUUGGCCCGUCCGUGUACGCCCUCCUGAACCCAGAGGAGACAGAGGAGUCCUUUCGAGACCUUUGA